AUGUUGUCAGUGAAUAACGCGAUCUUCUACCGCCCUAAGGACAAGUUGGUACAUGCGGACGCUGCCCGGAAGGCCUUCAGCCACAUCACUGGUGACCAUAUCACCCUUAUGACUGUCUACAACCAGUGGGCUGAUGCUGACUUCUCUGCCCAAUGGUGCUAUGAACACUUCAUCCAACACCGAACCAUGAAACGCGCCAGGGAUAUUCGCGAUCAGUUCGUCACUCUCUUAGAGCGAGUUGAAAUCCCAUCCACCAGCAACCCAGGCGACCACGUUGCCAUUAGGAAGGCGCUAACUGCAGGAUUCUUUUACCACACCGCAAGGUUUACUGGAAAUGGUUACAAGACCGUGAAACACCAGCACACAAUCCAUCCCCAUCCAAACAGUGCGUUGGCCGAGGAGCAGCCUCGUUGGGUUCUUUACCACGAAUUGGUCUUCACUACAAGAGAGUUUAUGCGUCAGGUAACUGAGAUUGAGCCCCGUUGGCUGACAGAAGUGGCCCCUCACUACUACAAGGCGAGUGAAAUUGAGGAGGCCACAAAGAAGAUGCCUAAGAAUAAGGGUGUUGCAAGGGCGGAUUUGAUUGCUCGUGAAGAGGGCUGA